AUGUCGAGACAACUGCUUGCAAAAUCUCACUCCGACUUUUCCAAUCGUCGGACCCCAUUCCGCGAUGCCCUCCGCAAGGGAAACAGCUUGUCUGCUCUCCCAGCUGCCCUCAACCUCGCAGACCCUAUUGGUCUGGUUAACAUCGAUCGCAUCCAAAGGAUAGUGCACACGGAAGUAUGCCGCCGCAUGCAGAGUGCUGGGCUCCCCACAUCCUCCUUGGACAUUAAGCACAUCAAGUUUUUGUGCCCUACGGAUGCCGACAACGUUGAUAAAGCAGUGCGGUUUGAAAAGCUUUGGAGGAAUCCUCUCUUCGUGUCGGACGAAGAUAUGAUGAUGUCACUCUUUCUCAUGGAGGGAGGGGCAGCCAAUGAAGGAGACGGCACCCAGCUCUUUUACGUUCGAAGCUGGACGAUGACGGUGUCUGACUUUAAGGCAAUCAUUGCCUCUUGGUCAAGGGAGGAAUUGGACCCACCGGAAACAGCACCAUGGAUCACCGCUAUGGCAGGAAAUCCCUCGGUGACAGUGGUCUCCAUUCGAUAUGUAGGGACGUGUGAGCUCCCGUCCACACCGGAAGGCCGCUUUCAGAAUGACUCCAAACGCCCCUACGGCCUCCCCCCCCAAUUCCUUGGGACACUUCAAGAGUUGUUCCCAGACGUUUACGUAGCAGCGAGAAUGUUCACCUUCCCAGCCGCCACUCAAGGGGGCUAUGUCGCAAGGACCAUCAGGGACGACCGGGAACGUGCAAUGAUUCAUUUCUUCGGAAUGAACAACCUCUUGAACUGUCAAACCGGCGGCUUCUACACCCAAUACCUCCCACCCAUAAGGGAUCACACGCUCUUCUUGAACUUGAGAACGGAUGUCUUCUCCCGACUUACAAACGCCCAAAGUACCGCUCCCGCCACUGUCAAUGCUCGCCCCUUCAAGGGUGCUGCUCUGCGCCGAUGGGUGACCCAGGUCCUCGAUUUCAGUCAAACACAUCCGGCCACUACCGGUACCGCUCAUCACCUCAUGCCCGAGACGCUCCUCGAAUGGAUGAUCCUCCAAUCGCAAGGAAGCAGAGCCGGAUACUUGACCCGCGAUUUCCUCGCCCGCCUGCAGCACUACGAGGCCACAUCAACAACCCUCCCCACCAACUGGGAGCCUGCCCAGCUAGAUCCUGAAAUCUUCGCUUUUGCUGACCUAUACCCAUUCUUGCGGAAGUCUGAGAAACCUUGGUGCAUGGCAAAUCUCCGGGCUUGGAUGGAGAUCGUUCAACCAUUCAUCAGCCUUCCAAUGGGCCAGCAGGUGACCGGUGUGGUCACUGGGAACUUUGCUCAUGCGUACGGCAUCCCGACAAAACGAUUCUUUGACCACAUCGUAACCUUGAGUCUGCACACAUUUGCAGACCUUGAGUGGAUUUACAACGUUGACGGCCACGACGGGCGUGUGCGCUCAGCCACCUGUACCGUUGUCAUUCCCGCGUCAAGGUUGCAGGCCUUGCGUACGGCGCUCCCAACUCCGCUGAGCGCCUUCGACAAGUCGAGGCUUGGAAGAACUGGGCAGCCGCGCCUCGAAAAGGAGCGGCUACAUGAUGUCGUCAAUGCAGGCCGCAGCAGCAAACAUCCCUGGUCGGCUACAUUGGCUCAUGUUUUGCAGACUGUUGCACCUGCGGGUGCGGUGGGAACGGAUUGGAUGAAUGACCCACAAGCAGUCAAUGCUGCAAUUGGCCGGAAAGCAGCUCAGAUGCGCGUUGGAUACCCCCCGGAUUUCUAUCAGGCUGACCGCCAACGAGAGAGAGCAAUCCGUCGACAUGGAGGGGACCCAAACGACCCCAUACAGCAAUUCACAACUAUCUUGGAGGGGCGCGAAGUGUCUGUGUACGCAAAUGCCCGCAUAGUGCUGCUCUGGCAAGACCCUCAGCCUCCGGCAGGCCAACUUGCCAAUCGAAGAAUCAUUAUUCCUAUGCAUCGGGAUGCAGUCGGUGUCACUGAUGAUGACAAGCAGCGCUUUGUCAGAUUCCUCGAGCACGGUAUCGGCCUUGCCAACGAACGUGGGAUCCUACUUACUCGCCCGAGUCAUCUCCCGACGGAAGGCGUCCUUCGCCGCACGGAGUUUGUGAACCAUGCCGAUGGGGAUACCUUGCUUAGGAUCUGGACCGCCGAGCGUGCUCGAAUUGCACCGCAUGUGCAAGCCCCGGCCAACCAGUCGGUCAACAGAGGUGCAGCAGCUCUCUCAAAUCGCACACAGCGCCAUACCUUCCCCAUCGCCCCCAAUGAUGCAGCCUGGCUCUUCCAGACCUUUCUUGACCGCGAGUUCCCGAACGGCGAAUUCUUCCGUGCAGGACGUGCCGAUCACUGGGGGGACAACCCAAUGUCCCUGACCCGGUAACCACACUGAUGAUGCCAGUACCCUCGAUCUGGCCAUCCUGGUCGCAGUUUCUUGCCGAUAAUGCAGCACAUCCGUACGCAGAGGCGCUGAGUUCUUGGACCCCCAAUACCCAAGGUGUAAAGCUUAUGCUGGCGAAACAUCUUUGGACUGCGCCGGAUGCUC